CUCAAAAGCACCACACACAGACACCAAGCACAAGCACCACUCGCUAACUAUAAAAACCACAGCCAAAGACGGAGCGCACACACAACACGUCCACUAGCCACCGCAGCUAUCCUUGCAAGGAGUGGUUGCUGACGCCUUAUCUAAACCCCCUGGCUGGCGUUCAGACAAACUAUAACACGUAAGAUAAAAUCAUGUGUCUUAUGCUAUAUAGUACAGUUUAUUUUAAAGGGGAUAUUGUUCUCUCCAGUCUAGGUAGUAGUCAUUACUUAAUGUGGUAACAACCAAAAUACCAAUACAGUAUAGAAUUCCUCUUCAGUACAGAUUUCCUCUUCAACACUAUGCAGCUUAUAGAUGCUACUGUAUAUACUGCAAUACCUCACCUUAUGAUGGUUAACAAUUAUUGCAGAGCACACAAGAGGACGCAUUGUGUAGUAGAGAGGGGGAUUAGCCAGCUCAAGCGACGGUUCCAUGUACUUCAUGGUGAAGUACGAUUGUCCCCAGAGAAGACAUGCAAAAUCGUCUAUGUCUGUGCUUUGCUCCACAACAUGUGUAAGCAGUUUAACAUUCCACUGCCUAUCAACGAGGAAGAUGAACUGUUCGACGAUGCAGCUGAAGGGGACAUAGGUGCAGAUGAAGAAGAGCCAGGUGAAGCAGAGAUACCUCCUAAUCCUGGUAGACUGGCUGGCCCUAACGGACAUCCAUUUCGAGAUUACAUUGCCAAUCUUCAUUUCAGUUGCAGAUACAAGAGCAGUGAAGAAUGAACCUUUCAAGAGCAGUGAAGAAUGAACCUUUCUGGAAAGUUUCAGCACCUUGGCUUUGUAGUCCACAAUGCUUCUGGCCUUUUGACCUGUGGAUCUUGAGAAGGUGAGUUGUAAAAGUUUAGAAGACUGCCCCUCGGCUAUUGUUGAUGUGUCCCCUCCCUCCUCUUUCUCUCUGAUGCAGUACUUUCCACGGCAUCUUUAAAAUAUUGUAUAAGCAAAUUUUAUUCAAAAGAAAAUAUUGAGUUUUGUCGUACCUUAAAGACAUUAGGGAGUCACAGUAUGCCGAGUCUCAAAUGGAUAUAAUUUGGAGCUGGAACCUUGAAAACUGUGAAGGUACAUUUUGGAUAAUUUUUGAAUAAUUAUAAACCUUCACUUUUUGUACUUGCCAUUUCUCUCUGUGCACAGGAGAGGUGACCUAUGGCAAUCUUAAAAAUAUAAGAACAUAAGAAAAUGAGGAUAGCUGCAAGAGGCUGCCAGGCCUACACAUCUUUUUAGACAUACUCCUUUGCAUUGAUUCUAUAGAUAUAUCCUUCCUAUAAUAUGGAGACCAGAAGUGUAUCAAUUAUAAUCUAGAAGUGGUCUGACCAGUGCCAAAUAUGAUUCUAAUGUAUUAUUUAAAUUAAUUCUAGUAUGUACCUUAUUUGCUGAAAUAUUUCUAGUGUUUAUGCAUUGCUUUCUUAGACCAAGAUUAGAGCUAACUAUACCUACUAAAUCUUUUAUAUUCUGAAGGUACCAGGGCUUCUUUGUUUACUACAUACAUAUUGUGGGGUUGAAUUUUCUCUACCUACAGUUAAGUCCAGAUAUUAAGCAGAGUUUAUGGCAAACAAAUAACUGAAACGGCAAAACAAACUUCCCCCAUCUCCACCUACCUCCUCCACCCACAUAUAAUCACCCCAGGGGGAACAAUGUUGUAAGUAGAUUUCUACAGCCUCUAUUCUCUCCCACACUUAAAAAAAACUUCAUUAAUUCUAUUGAUCAUGUUUACAAGCUCAUUUGUAAUCAGUAGAGCAGCCAGUCUCCUGCUAUUUGUACACUCCAGUUAAUUGACAGUCCCAAGUGAGGAGGUUGGGAGGCAGGAUGCAUCAGGGUAACAUCCUGUAGAACAAACCCCUGAUCUCAGAGAUAAAUAUACCUUAUAAAAUCAGUUUAUCUAUUUAUAUUUAUUGUUGUUUUAUGUUUCUAUACAAUAUUUGUUAUUUAUAAAUUUUUUUUCUUCCCUAAAAAUGUGAAAAAAUUGGGGUGCUUUUUUUGGGAGAUUGGAGUAGAUUAAUGGCAUAUCAAUUCAUUUCAAAAGGAAAAAUUUGUUGAGUUAUGAGCAAAUUUAGAUACGAGAUCGAUCACAGAACCAAUUAAACUUGUAUUUUGAGGUACCACUAUACUUUGCAUUUAUUAAUGUUCAACAAUGCAAAGUACUUAGCACGUCUAGAGGAAAUCUACACAAUAGGUACACAGUAAGUAACGAGGCCUUGGUAGGUUCAAAAUAUGGUAAAGAUUUAGGAGUUAUGGUUUGCUUUGAACUUGGUUGAAGAAAGUAACGUAGAGAGGCUAAUAGGGUGCUAGGAUGCAAUUUUAGGAGUUUAAAAAGCAUAAGUCUCAAAAUAUUAAAAUUGUAUUUGACGCUGGUCAGACUGCAUCUAGAUUGUGCAGUACAGUUCUGGUUUCCUUCCACAUUAUAGGAAGGAUAUAGGUCUAAUAGAAUCAGUGCAAAGGAGAAAGUCAAAAAAGAUGCAGGGGAUGAGAUUACUCAAACUAAAUUUGCAUUCCUUAGAGAUACGUAGGUUAUCUUUUGAUGAUUAAAAUCACAUUAACCAUGAAAAUAUUAAGAUUGCCAUAGGUCACCCUCUGUUUUUACUGUGUGAAUUGCUUUCACCAGUCCAGUUUGUCAUCUGUGCAUAGUGAGAAAUGACAAAAUUACAAAAAAUACACAUCUAAUAAAUUAUCCAAAAGUACCUUCAAAGGUUUGCAUAUUCAGGUGAUACAUGCAGGAUAAGCCUUUAUAAUGUGAAAUGUUAAUCUUAUGCUAAAUUAUUUUUUUUUUUUUUUUUUUUU